AUGCCUCUGGUUCACCUGCUGCUGCUGCACGCCGCUACAGUGUACAGUGAAGACACCGCGUCGCUGCACGCGUGGAACUGCUCCCAGUGCGUGCUGCCCGAGAUGAGGGGAUUCCAUCUGUUUCAGAUCAUUGUUGAGCCGACUGCUCGCCUGCAGGCCUAUGUAGGUUGGGACCCACCUUCUCGACUGAUCGUGGUCGCAUUCAGAGGCACCUGCACCUCGUCUCUCCGCAACUGGAUCGCUGAUCUUGAGGCCCUCCCGCGCUCCCUCUCCUACCCGGGUCUGCGCCACGCCCGUGUGCACCGCGGCUUCUACUCCGCUUACCACUUCACUCGUCUGCGCCCGGCCGUGGUGCACGCCGUGCUGUUUCUGAUGACGAUCCUGCCGGGAUCCUUUCGAGUGGCCUUCACAGGGCACUCCCUUGGGGGUGCUUUGGCUACUCUCAGUGCUCUCGACCUGCAGGUAUCCUACGACCUCCCAUCACCCGUCAUUCAAGUCGUCACCUUUGGCUCGCCUCGGGUGGGCAACGCUGCUUUUGCGGCCUACUUCCGGCAGAAGCUUCCUAAAAGCACCCGUGUGACCAACUGGAAGGAUCUUGUGCCGCACUUGCCGCCCGCAACCAUCGGUUAUCAUCAUGUGGCCACCGAGGCGUGGAUAAUCCCUGACUCUGUGCACAACGUCUCCUUCAGUCCAUCGAGUUCAGCUUUACCAACUCAGAAGGGGCGUUCUGGCUCGGUUUCUUUACCGCACCUGCUGAGGCAACGCCGGUCUGCCUGGGGAGUGCCUGGGGAGUGCCUGGGGAGUGCCUGGGGAGUGCCUGGGGAGUGCCUGGGGAGUGCCUGGGGAGUGCCUGGGGAGUGCCUGGGGAGUGCCUGGGGAGUGCCUGGGGAGUGCCUGGGGAGUGCCUGGGGAGUGCCUGGGGAGUGCCUGGGGAGUGCCUGGGGAGUGCCUGGGGAGUGCCUGGGGAGUGCCUGGGGAGUGCCUGGGGAGUGCCUGGGGAGUGCCUGGGGAGUGCCUGGGGAGUGCCUGGGGAGUGCCUGGGGAGUGCCUGGGGAGUGCCUGGGGAGUGCCUGGGGAGUGCCUGGGGAGUGCCUGGGGAGUGCCUGGGGAGUGCCUGGGGAGUGCCUGGGGAGUGCCUGGGGAGUGCCUGGGGAGUGCCUGGGGAGUGCCUGGGGAGUGCCUGGGGAGUGCCUGGGGAGUGCCUGGGGAGUGCCUGGGGAGUGCCUGGGGAGUGCCUGGGGAGUGCCUGGGGAGUGCCUGGGGAGUGCCUGGGGAGUGCCUGGGGAGUGCCUGGGGAGUGCCUGGGAGUGCCUGGGGAGUGCCUGGGGAGUGCCUGGGGAGUGCCUGGGGAGUGCCUGGGGAGUGCCUGGGGAGUGCCUGGGGAGUGCCUGGGGAGUGCCUGGGGAGUGCCUGGGGAGUGCCUGGGGAGUGCCUGGGGAGUGCCUGGGGAGUGCCUGGGGAGUGCCUGGGGAGUGCCUGGGGAGUGCCUGGGGAGUGCCUGGGGAGUGCCUGGGGAGUGCCUGGGGAGUGCCUGGGGAGUGCCUGGGGAGUGCCUGGGGAGUGCCUGGGGAGUGCCUGGGGAGUGCCUGGGGAGUGCCUGGGGAGUGCCUGGGGAGUGCCUGGGGAGUGCCUGGGGAGUGCCUGGGGAGUGCCUGGGGAGUGCCUGGGGAGUGCCUGGGGAGUGCCUGGGGAGUGCCUGGGGAGUGCCUGGGGAGUGCCUGGGGAGUGCCUGGGGAGUGCCUGGGGAGUGCCUGGGGAGUGCCUGGGGAGUGCCUGGGGAGUGCCUGGGGAGUGCCUGGGGAGUGCCUGGGGAGUGCCUGGGGGGAGUGCCUGGGGAGUGCCUGGGGAGUGCCUGGGGAGUGCCUGGGAGUGCCUGGGGAGUGCCUGGGGAGUGCCUGGGGAGUGCCUGGGGAGUGCCUGGGGAGUGCCUGGGGAGUGCCUGGGGAGUGCCUGGGGAGUGCCUGGGGAGUGCCUGGGGAGUGCCUGGGGAGUGCCUGGGGAGUGCCUGGGGAGUGCCUGGGGAGUGCCUGGGGAGUGCCUGGGGAGUGCCUGGGGAGUGCCUGGGGAGUGCCUGGGGAGUGCCUGGGGAGUGCCUGGGGAGUGCCUGGGGAGUGCCUGGGGGGAGUGCCUGGGGAGUGCCUGGGGAGUGGCCUGGGGAGUGCCUGGGGAGUGCCUGGGGAGUGCCUGGGGAGUGCCUGGGGAGUGCCUGGGGAGUGCCUGGGGAGUGCCUGGGGAGUGCCUGGGGAGUGCUGGGGAGUGCCUGGGAGUGCCUGGGAGUGCCUGGGGAGUGCCUGGGGAGUGCCUGGGGAGUGCCUGGGGAGUGCCUGGGGAGUGCCUGGGGAGUGCCUGGAGAGUGCCUGGGGAGUGCCUGGGGAGUGCCUGGGGAGUGCCUGGGGAGUGCCUGGGGAGUGCCUGGGGAGUGCCUGGGGAGUGCCUGGGGAGUGCCUGGGGAGUGCCUGGGGAGUGCCUGGGGAGUGCCUGGGGAGUGCCUGGGGAGUGCCUGGGGAGGGGGAGUGCCUGGGGAGUGCCUGGGGAGCUUAG